AUGGCGUGGCUGCUCCAAACCUCCAAACCACCUGUAGCCAUACAUUCAUUGGCAUCUCAGAGUGCGGUCGAUCAUUACAAGAAGGACAUUGACACCGAGACGGGAGACUUCUUGCCCGAAAUCCGCUACCCCGAUACUUUCAAAAGCCUUCACGAAGGUCCCUCGCGUGAUCAUAGAGAUAUCGCUUGGCGACAGGCCAACCUGACGGUCGAGCUGCAAAUAGCCAGAGAGAUAAGAAGUCGAGAGCUGCUCGCAACCAAGAUCCGGUCCAAGAUCAAACCUCAAGUGCAGGCUGUACCUAUUGAACAGGAGACUGGACCAAAUGCCGAAUGCAUUGUACGACCCGCUACGCCUGAAGACUUUGAAGCCAUCGCGGCCAUCAUUAACAUGGAAAGUCGGGCGACGGGCAGCCCUCAAAUCAUAGAAUGGAGGGAUGUCACCGCUGCUAAUGUCCAAAAGAUCUACGAGAGUUGCCGAGAUAAUCUGCAGCCCUUUAUUGUCGCCACGACGACCGAGGACCCUUUGCUUGACCGUUCCAACUGGCCUAAGAAUGCCACAAAAGCGUAUCAAGGCUACCUCGCAUUCCGCUCAACUCAGGCAAAGGUUUCCCAGGAGGUUUUGGGCUUCGCCUUUGUGGUUGAAGCCAGACUUGGCCUGCUCGGGGGUCCAUGCCCUGGAUCUAGACAUACCGGUCAAGUGAAAGUCGUCGUUCAUCCUUCCCACCGAGGCAAGCUGUAUGGAUCCGCCUUGCUUGAUCGAAUUCUGCUUUGCACAGCACCUUUCCACCGAAGAGCGGUAGAUUACGAGUGGCAAUGCCAAGAUUCUUCCAAGGUGUACGAAUCGAUUGCUUGUCAGAACCGUCGAAAAUACGCCUGGAUCUAUGUCGAGACAUUCUGCGCUGGCAGAGAUGACCCGGCUCUCAAACUGGCGACCAAUUUCUUACAAAAAUUCGAAUUUCAAGAAGUGUGCCAUUUGCGCAGUGCCGUCAAGACCGACCGAUACUAUGAGAGCAAGUGGCUUGACAUCGUGCUGUGGGCACGCGAGACGCAACCUCUAUCCAACAUUGAGGACCUUUUCCCAGGUGCCUACAACUUGUGA